UCACAUAUCUGCUUUUAGACUUUUUUUUUUUAUAAAUCAUAAAUGACAAGGAGGCUGCAGCUUCUCGCAAUGCAAAGAGACGGUUGGUGUGGUCUUCAGAUUAUGACGCGUAUCACUCUGUUUCUCCAUUUCCAACUCAGUCCCAUCGUGGAUUUUGCAUGUGUAGUCGAAAGACAAACUGCUGCAACCUUCAUCGUAUAUUUCACACCACAUUCAUUGUUUCAGUUUAAUAUAAUUCCCACAUUUCCUCCCGUUGAGUUAAAUAUAUAUAUAUAUAUAUAUAUUAGAUCGUUUGUUCAUUAAUUCAUAUAGUCUGAACCAGCCAGCUAGCAAACUGCACACGAUGGCAGACAGUGCUAAUAUUGUCAACCUGAUUUUGGCAAAGCCAUUAGAAAGUCUUCCUUACAAGGAGAAACUCAGAAUUAAACAGCAGGGCAGAUCAACACCUAAGAUUGAUUUAGUGAUAGGGAAAAGUAACAGGUCUUUUCAGCUCUCCUGGUAUGACAAAGUUACCUGGCUGACUGGAAGUGCUGUGAAAAAGAAAAUGUACUGCUGGCCAUGUCUCUUGAUGAAACCAUCUCAUGGAUGUGUUGUUUGGUCAAAAUUGGGGUUUGGAGAUCUGUCAAACUUUGACAGGGCAUAUAAAAGGCAUGAAAAUAGAAAUGAACAUGUGAGUGCAUGUGCAAGAUUAAGUUGCAUGGGCAGGAUCAGGGUUGAGCAUGCAAUCAAUGAAGGUGCUUGCAUUCAAAUAUCCUGCCGUGCCCAACUCUCUGUCAUUGUUCGCUAUGUGGAUAGUGCAGGUAAAAUUCAGGAGCGCUUCAUUGGAUUUUUUUAUGUUUCUUGGGGGCGAGAUGCUCAAUCCGUUUUGAUAUUUUAAAUGAGAACAUGCAGGGCUACAAUUUUAAGGAUAAGCUUGUGGCACAGACCUAUGAUGGGGCUGCUGUCAUGGCUUCAGCUCUCAAUGGUCUGCAGGCCAAAGUGAAAGCAAUAGCCCCAAGUGCAAUGUUUGUGCAUUGCUAUGCACACAGACUGAAUCUGGUGCUGUCACAGGGGGCCAAAUGCUUGCCUGAGUGCAGAAUUUUUUUUGCAUCACUCUCUGGGUUUGCCACAUUUUUCUCAAAAUCCACAAAGAGGACGUCUUUUCUGGAGUCUGCAGGCUGCUCAAGGUUGCCCAGAAACGAUCCUACUCUAUGGAAUUUCACAUCACGAAUAGUGAGCACUGUGGCAAACAAUUAUGAUGGCCUCCUGCAGACAUUUGAUAACAUCAUUACAGAUACGACAAUGGAUGAUGAUACACUGGAUUGUGCCAAAGGCUUCGUGAGGAAACUGGAGGAUUUUGAGUUUGUGUUCAUGUUGUACACAUACAGUUGAAGGAAAAGUAUGUGAACCCUUUGGGCUUACUUGGAUUUCUUCAUAAAUUGGUCAUAAAAUGUUUUCUGAUCUUCAUCUAAGUCACAACAAUAGAGAAACACAGUCUACUUAAACUAAUACCGCACAAACAUUAUACGUUUUCAUGUUUUUAUUGAACACAACAUGUAAACAUUCAUAGUGCAGGGUGAAAAAAGUAUGUGAACCUUUGGGUUUAAUAACUGGUUGACCCUCCUUUGGCAGCAAUAACCUCAACCAAACGUUUCCUAUAGUUGCAGAUCAGACCUGCACAACGGUCAGGAGAAAUUUUGGACCAUUCCUCUUUACAAAAGUGUUUCAGUUCAGCAAUAUUCUUGGGAUGUCUGGUGUGAAUCGCUCUCUUGAGGUCAUGCCACAGCAUCUCAAUCGGGUUGAGGUUCACAUACUUUUUCUUUCAAUUGUAUGAACAAAUCUUCUCUGAGACUGAUGUGGUCUUUGAUAUUGUCCAGCAGAGAGCGAUGGGUGUUCUUUACUGCAAGAAAAUAAUUGAGUCUCUUCUUGCAUUUGUCAAAGAGAAGAGGUCAGAGGGGGCUUUCCAAGCUGUUUAUGCCAAAGCAGCAGAUCUCACAUCAGACCCAAGAGAUGAGCCCAUGAGAAAGCGCCGUCUGACCCAGUUGCAGGAUCCCCAAGAGCGCUACAGAAAUCUGUACAUGGCCAUCCUUGAUAACAUCUUGUAGUAGAUUCCUCGUUUUUCAAAUUAGGGAAAGUAUGCUUUUCUUAGAAUAAGUCAAUCCGGGGAAAUUUGAUAACAUGAGACAAGCAUUUCCAGAGGAGGCCUUCCAAUGUGUCCUGAAAAGUUAUGGCCAUCACUUUGAUUCAGGGAGACUGAGGUCUGAACUUCAAGUCCUGUAUUCAGAUCAGGACUUGCGGAGUAACAGGGGAAAGCUGUGUGAUUACUUGGUGUUCCUUAAAGACAUGGAGUUGGACAGUGCAAUGCCUCAGCUUUACAAACUGUUCUCAUUAGUGGCAACAAUUGGAGCUACAUCUGCAGGUGUAGAAAGGAGCUUCUCCUGUUUAAAGCAGCUCAAAUCCUACACCCGUAACACAAUGGGCCAAGGCCGUUUAAGCAGCCUAGCUCUGCUGGCCAUUGAGAGGACACUGGUCAAGUCACUGGAAAAGACGCAUAGUUGGUACGACAGGGUUACAGAGCAUUUUCUUGAAAAGGACGUAGGGCAGAAUAUACAUAUAAAUAAAUGGAAAAUUUUUAUGAUUUAGGCCGAAAAUUAGCUUCCCCUCUUUAAAAGAUCAGCAGCCGCCACUGUAUCACAUGUUUUGUGAUAUGGCAUUUUCUGUUUGCUCAGAAGCAUUUUGUAAACUGCAGUUCUAAAGCUGUAAUAAGGAAUAAAGAAAUAAAGAAACUUAAAAUGUUUAACAUCUUUUCAUAUCGUGUAUUUUUGCAUCAAAUUAUAGAGCGUAGUAUCGAUUACAGUAUUUAUAAGUAUCGAUAUCAGUAUCAAUAUUGAUAAAAUCUUAACGAUACCCAUCCCUAGCCCUACUGCCCAACUUAAAGUCAAAAUCCAAUAUCAGUUGACCUCUAUCUAUAAUCAAACCGUAUUUUCACAUUUUUUUAUUAUUUACUUGAAAGUGAUCAUGUGAGCAUUUACAAAAGUUCUCAUUGAUUUGGGCAGAUCUGUUCCUACAAAUGCAAUUGAAGAGGCUGCUUCAUCCAAAAGUAGGACUUACACAAGGUGUAAAUGCAACUUCUGUGUGCAUGUUGUGAAAAAUGGAGAUUGUUAAAGAUGAGGUUGAAGAGAUGAGUAAUUUAGAUCCAUUCAGAGUGAAAUAUGAAGAUACGGAGGAACGAACAGAUCUGCUGGAAAUGAAAGAUGAAAGUGAUGAAGUGAAUGGACUGGAGGAGACACAUCAGUAUCAGAAACCUCAUCGUUUCAAAAUGGAAGAAAUAUCUUCUGAUUGCUCAGAGAUGGAAAAUGCUUGUUCAAACACAAGGCAAAGCAUGAAAACAAGAGAAUCUUUCACUUGCCCUCAGUGUGAAGAGGGCUUUGCUUUGAAAACAGACUUUGAGCUGCACAUGAGCGGCCACACUGGAGAAAAGAUGUUCACCUGCCCUCAGUGUGGAGAACAUUUCUCGUACAGAGAACAGUUUCGAAACCACAUAAGAACUCACACUAAAGAGCGUCUACAUCCAUGUCUUCAGUGUGAAAAGAGUUUUAGAGAGACUAGUAUGCUUAGUAACCACAUGAGAAUUCACUCUGAAGAUCGCCUGUACCCUUGUCCUCAGUGUUUGAAAAGAUUUAGACAGAGAAGUGCCCUUAAAGCACAUUUGAAAAUCCACACUGGAGAGCGCCCAUACACCUGUGUUCAGUGUGGAAGGAGUUUUAGAGAGAAUAGUGCGCUUAAUAUCCACAUGAGAAUUCACACUGGAGAGCGCCCAUACACGUGUGUUCAGUGUGGAAAGAGUUUUAGAGAGAAUAGUGCGCUUAAUAUCCACAUGAGAAUCCACACUGGAGAGCGCCCAUACACCUGUGUUCAGUGUGGAAAGAGUUUUAGAGAGAAUAGUGCGCUUAAUAUCCACAUGAGAAUCCACACUGGAGAGCGCCCAUACACCUGUGUUCAGUGUGGAAAGAGUUUUAGAGAGAAUAGUGCGCUUAAUAUCCACAUGAGAAUCCACACUGGAGAGCGCCCAUACACGUGUGUUCAGUGUGGAAAGAGUUUUAGAGAGAAUAGUGCGCUUAAUAACCACAUGAGAAUUCACACUGGAGAGCGCCCGUACACAUGUGUUCAGUGUGGAAAGAGUUUUAGACAGAAUGGUGCGCUUAAUGAACACAUGAGUAUUCACACUGGAGAGCGCCCGUACACAUGUGUUCAGUGUGGAAAGAGUUUUAGACACAACGGUAUGCUCAAUGAACACAUGAAAAUUCACACUGGAGAGCGCCCGUACCCGUGUCCUCAGUGUGGAAAAAGUUUCAGACAGAGUAGUGCGCUUAAUAAACACAUGAAAAUUCACACUGUAGACAACCCGUACCCAUGUCCUCAGUGUGGAAAAAGUUUUAGAGAGAAUGGUGCGCUCAAGGAACACAUGAGUAUUCACACUGGAGAGCGCCCGUACACAUGUGUUCAGUGUGGAAAGAGUUUUAGAUUGAAAAGUUUGCUUAAUUUCCACAUGAGUAUUCACACUGGAGAGCGCCCGUACACGUGUGUUCAGUGUGGAAAGAGUUUUAGAUUGAAAAGUACCCUUAAUUUACACAUGAGAAUUCACACUGGAGAGCGCCCGUACACGUGUGUUCAGUGUGGAAAGAGUUUUAGAUUGAAAAGUACCCUUAAUUUACACAUGAGAAUUCACACUGGAGAGCGCCCUUACACGUGUGUUCAGUGUGGAAAGAGUUUCGGACAGAAUAGUGCGCUUAAUAAACACAUGAGAAUUCACACUGGAGAGCGCCCGUACACGUGUCUUCAGUGUGGAAAAAGUUUCGGACAGAGAAGUGUGCUUAAUAAACACAUGAGUAUUCACACUGGAGAGCGCCCAUACACAUGUGUUCAGUGUGGAAAGAGUUUUAGACACAAUGGUAUGCUCAAUGAACACAUGCAAAUUCACACUGUACACCGCCCGUACCCGUGUCCUCAGUGUGGAAAAAGUUUCAGACAGAGUAGUGCGCUCAAUAAACACAUGAGAAUUCACACUGGAGAGCGCCCGUAUCCGUGUCCUCAGUGUGGAAAAAGUUUUAAAGAGAAUGGUGCGCUCAAGGAACACAUGAGAAUUCACACUGGAGAGCGGCCGUACACGUGUGUUCAUUGUGGAAAGAGUUUUACAAGGAAUGGUAACCUUAACUCCCACAUGAAAAUUCACUCUUGAGACAGUCCUUACACACUCAAACGUUCAACCUGGACAAUUGUUUAGAGAGUUUUCCAAACCUGCAAGAUACCAAGAACCAUCUGGAUAGAAUGCGUUCAUUGUUGAGGAGUGGAGGAUUUGAAAUUCCACAGUGGAUAAGAAGCCAGUAUGAAAGUAUGAACUCUGGAUCAAUAAUGAUCAUUCGGAUCCGACGAAAGGAGCUUGUAUUUAAUAUUUACAAUGCGCAAUAUUUAUAGAUGCUUUGCUAGACAGUAUGUUCUUUUGGGUUAUAUAACCCCUUUUACAACCCGAGCAAAUGUUGGACAAGCCUCGCGACUGGGAUGAUUCCAGCUAACUGCACACGCAACUCACCAAACGGACGAGACGUUUAUACUUGACAUGUUUGCCGUUGAGAUCUUCUUUAAAACGACAGGAGGCGCACACACCAAAUCGUCCUGUAAAUCCGCAGGAAGUAGAAGAAAAGUAGGAAUUUUACCGGAAUUACGUAAAAUCAUGAAGGAAAUUUAGGAGAUUUUGUGUUGUUGCUACUAUAAAAAAAAUUGUGAAAAAGGAGAUGGAAUGUUCGCCCACUGCAUGCCACAAAACGUGGAGAUGUAGAAUAAAUCGCUAUUGUGAAGCAGAUACGUGUGCUGGAUGGGAAAAUGCAUUUCAAACUAUUGUUUGUUGA